AAAGCAGAAUAAUAUUUUUGUAUCUGUGUGUGUGUGCCUUCAAGAGGAUAUAUUAUUAUUAAUAAAAUCGGUUGGUUUUUAACGCACAUAAAAUAUGCAUAGUAUAUAUUAUAGAUCAUGAUUAGCAGAGUCUAGUGAUGUCCAUCUAAAGUAGUCUCGUCUCUCGUAUUCAAAGAAAGCUCAAUGGAAAUUGUGCAGAGUAAAAUUUACGCCGAAUUCGGAAACUUUGAAUACGUAUACGGCUCCGAGACCGCGGGACUCGAUGAGCCGAGCCGUUUUCCGUAGGUCAGUUGUGAUUCGACGAGCGACGGAACAACAUCCCGUGUGUUGUGCAUUUUGUCGAGGCGCGUCUGUAAAUAUUUAAAAAAUAUAUUCAUAAAUUGUUUAAACUAAAAACAUUCAGCGAAUGCCAACAUCCAAGUGAUUUUUAGUGCGUGCUUCAAGUCUGGCCAGUGUUAAAACAAAGGUUUUAUUUGUGGCUACUGUUAAAAAAAAUAUUUUGUUAAUCCUAACCAAAAAAAAAAAUAUUUAAAAUAUAUUCAAAUUCAAAAAAAUAACAAAAAUUCAAAGUGCGAAGAUAAUUCCAGACAAUUCCAGGCCAUUCAUGUGAAAGUUAAGCCUAAUUAAAAGUGUUUCGGAGACAGAGAGUGCGGAGAAAAGCAGGCAGAGAAACAAAGGCCAGGUGGUGAUGCAUGAAUUUAGCUGAACAACAACAGAGAAUUGGCAACAUUUCGUGGCAGGCUAUACGGCCCGGAUUCGUUUUCCGUUUUACCGUGGAGCACGCGUGUGGUGGUGUUUACCUUGGACAAGAAUAACUCGCAACGGCAUAGACACCCCAUCUCCAUCUCCCGUCCGACAAAACCCCAUCUAUCCGCGUUCUGGUUUCUGGCUUUUUCAUCGUCCUCGCCCUCAGCCUCAGCGUCAGUCGUUUUUUGUGCGGCCUCACGUUUUGGAAAAACCAUCUUUUGUGAAUCCUUGGGCGCAGCACAGCAGUUUCUAGUCGGUGGCCUACUCUGAAGAAAAUGUUUCAAUAGAGAUGGCAAAACUUUCACGACGUGCCUCGUCGUCUGCAGCAACGCCAUCAACAGCAAAAACAGCAACAGACACUGCAACAGCACCACCUCCUCCUCAUCCUAGUCAUGCCACAGGCUUGCCUCAACGCAUCACCCGCCGUGCCACCAGCAACCAUAACAACAACAACAGCAGGCCCCGAGCGGCAGCACUCAUUGAUACCAGCGCCGAUGUCCUACAGGAGACUCCAUCGCCAUCACCGACACCGCCGACGCACACCAACAGCAACAACAACACUGCCACACGAAAUGAAAGCACCGCUGCACCUGCACCCGCCCACAACACGGCCACGCCCUACAUGCCACUGCUGCCUCCGGGCGAGCGAAAUCUGACCGACGCCGAGAAUGCCGCUGAGCGAGCAAGGAUCCGGGAGGAGUUCUUCGCCACCUACGACGUGAUGACCGGCGUGAGGAUCGCGGCCACGCUGGGCGGUUUCUUUGGCCUAAUGGUGUUCCUCAUCGUGUGGAAGAGUCGGAGCAGCAGCAACGAGACCCUGAAAGUGCUGAAGGACCCCAAGAUGGCGGCAGUGGCCUCCUUGUGCAUGCAAGAGGAGGAGGAGCGCGAGAUCCAAGAGGCCAUUGUAGCCACGGGGAUGUCCAUAUACCCGGAUGAGUACGAUGCCAUGGUGUACCGCCGCCAGCGGAUGCUCUCCUUGGGUAAUGUGAGUGCCCCGCCAUUGCUGAACCGAGGCUAUCGUUGCGGAUCAGUGGGUGGCGUGGGUGCUGGUGUCCCCAUGGGCUAUAGCUAUCUCCUGGAGCCACCGCGACGCUUCUCCUACUCGGCCAUGUCCGCCGGCGGCGGUCCGCCCGGUCCCAUAGGACGUCGCAAGAGCGGCUCGGAAUCCUCGCGCAUCUUCAGCAACUAUCCCAUGGGCGGCAGUUUUGGCACCGACGACUACUUUGUCGAGACCGAGGACGAGCUGGAGCACGAGGAGUACAUGCAGAGGGAUGCUCGCGACGAGCCGGAACACCUACAUCAUCAGCGCACAGAUUCCACGCGCAGCAAGCAGGGUUUUCUGUCCGUACCCAUGGCGGGUCACGACUCACGUCGCAGCAGUGCCAUGACCUGCUGCAGCACGGACAGCUCUUACCUAGAGCGUCGCACCUCCGCCUAUACGCUGGGCAUGAGCAAUCUGCCGCCGACGCUGCAGAGGAAGCUAUCGACGGCAUCGCGCACAUCAAGUAUCGAGAACUGGGACUAUUACUACCCGGACAUCCAGGUGAUACAGCCCACGCCGAAGGCUUCGCCGUGUCCGUCGGAGCGCAGCAUUCACGAUCCCUCGAACAUGGCUAUAUCGACAUCGACGCCGCCGCGGAGCUCGUGCCUGAGUGCGCCCAGCGUUAAGCGAAAGCACAGCAUUGUCUCCUACGAUCCGGACAGUGCCCAGGCGGGACGUAAGCAGCAGAUUCAUUCGAUAAGUGCGGAUACCGUGGACGUGUAUCCCUACAACCAGACCGCGCUGGCGGACACUGUGGAACUGGGGCUGCCGCUGCCCAAGCCCAUUCAAUCGGCCCCGCCUACCAGCGCACAUCAGGCCUUCCACUUCUGUGACUCGCCCUCGGAGGAGCUCCGUUUGGGAGUGAGGCGAAAGUUGACUCUCGUGGAGCUUCAGCGGAACGAGAGCAACAACAACAGUUUCCCGUAUACGGCCAAUGCAGCGGCACCUGCGAGCACGGGUGGGGAUGGGGGUACGGGUACGGGUACGGUGGCCACCUCCAGCAGCAUCAGCGUGGACAGUACUCCCGUGAGCUUGGACCGCCUGAAUGGUAGUCUCAGCCUUGGGACCAUUUCAGUCUCGGCCAAGGUGCCGCUGAAUGUCAAUGGAAAUCCCGAAAAAAGAGCGCCACUCGCCUCACUAAGUUCCUUUAAGAUUUCCUCGCUGGAGUGCCCCGACUCCGAGCUGCGCUCCCUCGAGGAGGACUCUGUGUUCGGGCUGGAAAGUCCCGCAGACACCGACGACGAUAUGCAGCAGUUGAGCAGCGACAGCGAGGAGCAGGCCGUGGCCAUGGCGGUCAUCGAAGCAGCUGCCGCAGCGGCAGCAAAAUCAGCAGCGGCACAGGGCCAGGGCACAUCGGUGCAGGCCAGUGGCGACCUUAAGCCCAAUCCCUUGCCCCAGGUCAUUGCUUUGAAGCGGAUGAGCCUGAGUGGCGUGGCUACGGCGGGUGGGGGAGGAACGGGCGCCCGGCCACGUCGACCGCUGCUCCAACGGCAUCGCACCAUCAGUACCGCUUCCAGCGAUCGUGUGUCUCUCAUUGGGCCACACAGUGGGCAGUCUUUGCCGCUGCAACAGUUCCAGGGCCAUGUUCUGCCAGUGACUGCCGAGGCGGUGCCUCUCGAGACACACUUUGGCGCCAUUGUAAGCCACAGUCCACCGCGCCGGGGCCCGCUGCUGCAGCAGUACAGCGAUCCGCAGAGCUUGCCCACGACGACGACAACCACAACGACCACCACCACGGAGGAUGACACUUGUUCCACACUCAACACGGAACUGGGACUCCUGGACGCAGUGGCCGGAGGUGGAGGAACCGGUGGCGGAGAGUCCAAUACCCACACACAGUACAGCAGUAUGAACACGGUGAUCAGCGUGGGUCGCUCCACUCCCAGUCCCGGCCAUAGUCCCAGUGCCAGCGCCAGCGCCACCACAAGUCCCCGGAUGGACAAUAACUAUGCGUGUUCCCAGGCCCGCGAGGCUCCGGCACUGCAACCAGCUCAACUGCCACUCAACUCUAGACUGGUGCACGAUCACGAUCCCUGCCCCUCCUCCAAGUCCGACUCGGUGAUAGCUACACGCCCACAGAGCAUUUGUGUGCCCUCCUCCCUCAAGGACCUGAUACUGCGAAAGGGCACUGCUACCGCAGGCAUCAGCAAAAGCGCCACGAACCUAAGCCUGCCCAGCAAUGAGGUGGGAGCCAGAGCCACCACCACUUCAACAACGACUGCGACGCCCGCCGUCAUGCUAGAGCUUCCCCUGAUCAGGCUGCCAAACGACGACGAGAACGAAAACGAGAACGACAACGAGGAUGUAGACGAUGAUAAUGUGGAGGCUGGCGAAGACAAACGCGAUCCCAGCCUGCCCGGCACUUCCAGAAAAUGGUCCAAGGAGACACUCUUCUAGCCCAGUUUGUUGCCGCUGCUAGUACGCAUGCAGUUCCGUGGGCCGGGCCAGUAUUUAAGAGCUUAGCAACCGACUUUUGUAUGCAUGGUGAUGGGCUGAUGGGCUACAGUGAAAACCGCCAAGUCAAGAUUGAUUCUACUGAUACAUUUUGUAUGUGAUAAUAUCGAGAAUCGGACUCUAAGAUUAUCAAGAUUGGGAUCCCUAACUAACGACUUUUUCCUUUAAAUAGUUUCCUCAGUAUUCUCAAAGUUACUACUACUCAAUAUCUUUUAUUCUGUAAAUAUAUCCAUCCGUUAGCACAAGUUGAUCAUUAGCUGAUGAUAUUUUCUUCCGAAUAAUUUAUAAGAAUCCUUUUUAUAAUUCCUAAGUGCAAUCUUUUGUCCCUGAAGUAAUCAUGUCUUUGAUGAUGGAGAGGUUUUCACUGUCGCACUGGUAAGCGCAUGGUCUGGCAGCCAAUUUCCUGGGUUGCUCAAGACCAGCCAUCAUGAAACGAGUAUUUAGGCAUAUUAAUAUUGGGAGGAUUAGAUUAAGCGCAUUUAGUCACAGUAUAAGUUAGUUUGGGUUACUCCGAGUCGGCACAGACUGACGGAUGAGUGUGUAUGCAGAUACCAGUAGCUAUAGUACACGCCUACUAUACCUAUAUGUAUAGCUAUAUCUUGAGGUUAGGAAGAAGGUUAAGAGCAGCAACAAUGUAUUCGUACUUAGAGACUGUUGUCUAUUAUUGUUAAUAGGAUUCUGUAAGUUAAGUAGUGAUACUCGGAUUUAUUUUCACACUAUCUAUAUCUACAGAAAGAGAUGAGAUGUGUACGAAUAUAUAUAUUUGUAUGCAGACAAAAGGAGUGGAGGUUAAAGUUUAUAUAUAUUUCUAUAGAUAUAUCGAUCGCCAGCAGCUAGAAUAUAUCACUCUCUCUAUCUCUAUCUAUUUCUAUCCCUGAAAUGGAAUGAAAACUGUUCUAGUGUCUUAAACAGCAGCCAAAUACUUAAAGUAUUGUAAAUUAGAAUAUAGAUUGCACGACAAGGACAACUUUUCAACGAUCAAUAUCAAUCUAUCCUUGCAACUGAAGUACUCUGACCGAAACAAGCCUAAGGACCUCGAAGGGUUUACUUAAAAAUGCCUAAAUGUCUCUUAUGUGCAGAAUUUGUAGGAACAUCUCCACAUCUCCUUCGUCCUGCCUAUUCGAACACAAAUUGUUGGUAUUAUAAUAGAGUUGUUGUCAGAAAAUAGUGUUACGAAAACGAAUAUAAAUUUAAAAAUGAUUACAAAAGAAUAUAAAGAAAAUACAUAUAUAAACAACUUCCUAACUCAUCCCACCUA